AUGGUUACAAACCUUACAGCAAUCAACAAGCAGCUGACAAGCAGUAGUCAAGGAAUGACAGAAAAUGCAGAGAGUCUGAGGAUCGUGCUGCUCGGAAAGACCGGAGAAGGAAAGAGUGCCACUGGAAAUACAAUCCUGGGGAACCAGGUUUUUAAGGAGCAUUGGUCAAGUCGCUCAGUUACCAGAGAAUGUCAGAAGAGGACAGUCGAGGUUAAUGGUAGGCCAGUAAGCGUUGUUGACACGCCAGGCUUGCUUGACCUAGACACUGACAAUGAAGAAAUCAGUAAAGAGAUAGUUAAGUGUGUUGGAAUGUCUGCUCCGGGUCCACAUGUGUUUCUGCUGGUAACAGCAAUAGGGCGCUUCACAAAGGCAGAAAAAGACACAGUGAAAAUGAUCCAGAAAAUGUUUGGUGAGGAGUCAGGCGCCUACAUGAUAUUGCUAUUUACAAGACUAGAUGAUCUUAGGGGUGAAUCUUUCCAACUGUAUUUGGAGGAUGCAGGGCCAGAUUUGAACAAUCUUCUUCGCAAAUGUGGCAGGAGGUACCACAUGAUUAAUAAUAGACAAGAUAAAAGGGAGAUGGUACAGGUGACUGAGCUAUUGGGUAAGAUAGACAGCAUGGUGAAAGUGAACGGGGGCUCCUACUACACCAAUGAAAUGUUCCAGAAAACAGAGCAAACCCUGAAACAGCAGAUGGAGAGAAUACUGAAGGAGAGAAAAGAAGAGAUCGAGAAAGAGAAGGAGGAACUGCAGCGAAAAUAUGAGUCUGAUUUGACACUACUGAAGAAUGAGAUGGAGGAGAACAAAAGCAACUCCCACACCUCCACCCCACACCACCCCAGAAACCUGUAA